AGAUCAGGAAGAUUAGAUCAUUGCCGAAAUCAGCGACGGUACUCCGCUCCAAGCGACAAGCCAUGAAAGAAACAGAGUACCCUGGCAAAAGAUGGCAUCAAGGGGUCAACUACUUCUUCGACACCCCAGAAAUAAAAAGUGUCUUCAAGAAGGCAACGGAGCUGUGGAUGAACAACAUGUGCAUCGAUACUAGAGAAGAAAAAUACGUAAGGGACACCGUACGAGUGUACAAAGGAGAAGUUUUGCGUCGUUCUAUGCCAAAUGGUGCCAUUCGAAGUCUUCCACUUGGUCCAGGCUGCGAAUCGCUACGACCUUAUGCAGGCCUGGUCGGGAUAAAUGGCAGUGACCCCAAGAAAUGGGAUCCACGUAGAGGGCCAGAAAGGUUGAAACGGGAUACUCAAUUGGCAGCACAAUCUAGCAAUAAACACUGUUCUGUUAUUAUGGCCGCUUCGAACUUUGUAACCU